AUCAAGCAAGGCCAGCUCAAUCGAUGUGUUCGACAAUUGUUUUUUCCGCCUUCUUAUCAAGGACUACUAGUAGAUUUCAGACUCAAUCGAGCGGCGUGUGGAAACAAACAUGGAGCAAAGUGUUGGGAAGCUUCAGGAACAGGCUCUCAAGAGGAAAGAGAGGCUCAAAGCACUGAGGGAUAAAAAGCUUCACGGUCAUGAACAGGAGGAUGGGGAGCCAGAGAACAAAAAGGCAGCAGUGGAGGAGAGCACAGAGGACAAACACAGAGAGCUAAAACUGAGGAAUUACACCCCAGAGGAUGAGGAGUUGAAAGGCAGGCAGGUGCCCAAAGCCAAACCUGCAUCAGUGGAGGAUAAAGUGAAGGAUCAGUUGGAGGCGGCUAAUCCAGAACCCAUCAUUGAAGAAGUGGAUUUGGCAAAUCUUGCUCCAAGAAAACCAGACUGGGAUUUAAAGCGGGACGUGGCAAAGAAACUGGAGAAGCUGGAGAGGAGAACGCAGAGGGCGAUUGCCGAGCUCAUCCGCGAUCGACUCCGAGGCAGCGAGGAGGAGCUGGCUGGAGCGGUGGGGGCCGUCGGAGUGGAGGAGGGGGACUCGGACUGAAAACGGGGCGUUUCCCGAGGAAGACGGUGUACUCGGAGGAGGAAGAAGCAGCUGCUUUCAUGCUGGGAUUUCCUGUCAGGACUCGCCACAAGUCAAGAGUUAUUUUAUUGAGAAAUGUUCUGUAUAUGUGUGUGUGUGAUGCAGUCCAGUUGUGUUGUCGUUUUUUAACAUUUUAAAUAAAAAAAAAAAAAGUUUUUUCAAA